UAUUAACCAGUUUAGCAGGCAGCAGCUUGUGACGGCCUUCAUCUUACCUGUUUGCUCAAUUCAAUUUUUACAUUUGAAAAUUCCUUGUGUGGACCGUGUUGAAGAUGACGUUAAGACCUUUACCGCCUUUACUAAAGGAAAAAUCCCAGAGAGAAAUCAAUGAGGACCCUAACAGAAUUUCUUCUGACAUAUCCGCAAUAAGACAAUGGAUGGAAAAACAACCCCACUUAAAAUCAGUUAAUCCUAGUGAUCAAUGGCUUCUUGCAUUUCUACGCGGAAAUAAAUUCAGUCUAGAAAAAACUAAGAAUAAGUUAGACAUGUGUUACACUCUACGGACGGUUGUCCCUGAAAUAUUUAGCAAUAGAAAUCCAUUCGACCCCACUGUGCAAGCCAUUCUAAAUAUGGGAAUUUUUCUGCCACUAAGGGUAUGUGAAUCGGAAGAUUCGUGCAGAAUUUGUUUGCAGCGGUUCAAAGAUUUUGAUUCUUCUAAAUAUCGUUUCAUUGAAGUUCUGAAGGUUUGCUUUAUGAUUCUCGAAAUCAUGAUUCUUGAAGAUGAUAACUUUAUAAUCGCUGGAGAGGAGUUAAUUGUAGACGCCGCGGGUUUGGACUUGAAUAUCCUCAGUCAAUGGACUCCUUCUUUAGCAAAAAAGUGUGUAACUAUUUUUGAGAAAGCUCUGCCCGUGCGUGUAAAGAGUAGCCAUAUUUUUAACAUUUCUUCUGGAUAUGAGUCAGCGUACAAUUUGUUAAAGAUAUUUCUGAGUGAAAAACUUAAAAAGAGAUUUCAUAUUUACGGCAAUGGUUUUGAGUCAUUGUAUGAUGUUAUAUCACUUAAUAUAAUGCCAAAAGAGUACGGCGGUGAACAGGGCACAGUGCAAGAACUAACGGAUUAUUGGAAGAAGAAAGUAGAGAGCUAUAGCGACUGGUACCUUCGCGAGGAGUGUGCAUGUUCAGACGAAUCCCUGAGGCAAGGCAAUCCCAAUACGAGUUCUAGUCUCUUCGGCGUUGAGGGUUCUUUCCGCAAAUUACAAGUUGAUUAAAAUAAUAUUUAGCAUGAAUGGGAUAUUC